AUGGAGGAAUACGCCCAUCAUCCGCCUGUCAAAGGCCGUCUCAAAGAAAUGCUCCAGAAACCGAUCCCACACUCCUUCUUCAGCAUAAAACACGAGGCACAAUGCCAUCGACCUACAUCAGUAGUCACCGAGUUUGUUGAUACAGACUGGGACGAAGAGCUUUUGAGCGACUUCGAAGACAACUCGCCACGUACUAGUCUUCAAUCAUCUGGCCAGCCUAGUUUUACCACAGUCUCAUCAUAUGAUGAGGCACUCACGCCACGAUCAAGCAGGGGCCAAGAAUCAUAUCCCGAGGUUUGCCCACUUCAGGUGCAGGGUCCGCGUGGGCCUCACCUCUUUCGAGCUCUGACGGAUCCAUCCCCGGUGGACGAGGACGUUGUCUUGACUCUCUCGCCCAUCACGCCCAAGAUACCUGGCCGUAUGGGCGGCCCGCCGGUCAGACCGCAAACCCCACGCAGCAACGGUCAAUUUCAGUACACAGAUGCCGAGUUGGCUUUGUCAAACCUCUCAUCUUGGACACCGGAAAUGGUCGCCCAGUCGAUGCUUAAUGCAGGCGUGGGCCUCCUGACGGCGGAUCGCUUCAUCGAGAAUGACAUCAACGGUGCCAUCUUGGUAACGCUAAAGUUUGAGGACUUGCGAGAGCUGGAUAUACAGUCCUUUGGUAUUCGCACCAAAGUCUGGCAUCAGAUACAGAUCCUACGCGAAAGCCGGCCUCCUUCUCCUCGAAUGUGUACUCCAAUCGAAGACGACCCUGGUCAAGAAGCCCGCGUAGAGACUGUGAAGAAGCCCUGUGAAAACGGCGUCAAGAGGCAUCGGAGCAGCAAGCAGCGACCUCGUCGCAAGCCUCUGGGUGAGGAGGACAUCGUCCACCCCAUGGAGUCCGUGUCCAUCAUUGGCAUCGAGCAGGUCGUUCCCAAAGCUCACCACUGCUCAAAAGGAGAGAACUGCUCCAAGUGGAGAAGACAGCAAAGGUUGAUUGAACAGUUCAAGGAGCUUCAUCCUGCAGCCGAUGUCAAAAACGGCGGUACCGUCAUGAUUUACGGUGACGCGGGCAACCCCGAGACGGCAAGGGCCAUUGAUCCCAACGAAACAUUGCGGCCCUUGUCAGACGCCGUGCCAUCAGUUGUAGCCUCUUCCGAUGUUCUGGGACCCGGAGGGCUACGUCCUCUCCAGUAUCUUCAGGAAGCUACCUUGAGAAACGUUCAGGCUCGAGACGCCCAGUACAAUGUCCGCCAGUUUUUGAACUUUCAGCAAGGGAACGCCAACUCGGGUCAAGUACCGCCGACCCCACCGUUUGAGCUGAUGCCUGCGACAAAGCCUCCUCAUCAUGGUCUGCGCUACUUGCCCAAGCUCUCCAUCCCAAACCAAAUCCCUCAGCCUCGAGGCGGUCCUUUGAGAGAAGCUGCAGUUUCUCACCAGGCCGACUCUCAACAUCAAGCCCCACAAGUAGCACAGCAGAAGCAGUCGCCUCACCAUUUGCCGAAACAACCAGUCCGGCCAACAGGAUUCACGCCGUAUCGCAUGGACAAGGCUGCACCUCUGUCGCCAGACUUGGAACCUUGUCGGAAUCCUUACCGGUUCGGCAGCCCCUUUUCAGAAUUGGAUGUUCCCGUGCUCACGGCAGUGCCCAUGGGGCCUGUGACACGCAAUGUUUCUCAGUCUGUACCGCCUGACAUGAGCUAUCGGGCUGCUCCGGCAACCAACACGGUCACGCGCGCUCGAUCGCAGUCCCGGGCUUCGUCUCGAAGGCCUUCCUUUUCUUUGCUGGCUGCCGUCAAUGAGAAUACCGAUCUCCUGCAGCUGGGCAGGACCCCGUCUCCGGAAAGCGCAUGGUCUCCCGUGCGCCGCGUGGAGCCGCCGCAGCAGCAGCAGGCGCAGCAGCAGGCGCAGCUGCAAAACUCAACCCUGGCUGCUCCUCCUCGGUUCAACUAUCCAUGGUCCCCAGCAGGCCGCACGAGAUUCGAGCAUGCCUUACCCCCCUUGUCUACCUUGGGCCCGGGGCAGCCCAACGAAGCCACGGCCACUGGCAAUGGCCUCAUUACUUGUCAGGGUCCGAUGAAGAAGCGCAAGACUCGCCUUCUUCGUCACGAAUGGCUGGAUGGCUACUUCACCCUCAAGGGCACCAGGCUCCACAUGCACAAAGAUAUUGGACAACAGGACCGUACUCUUGAGUACAUUGACAUUGACGACUAUGCCAUAGCAUGUUCCAGCCUCGCAUCCACGUCAAAACUCAGUGCUGCGUUCAAAGCUGUCCACCUCUCCCACAAAAGGGAGAAGAGCGAGCCGGUGGGUGCGUUCAGCUUCCAGCUCAUCCCCCAGGACAAAAAUGCGAGCACGCGUCUGCGCAAAAGGGACAGCUCCAUGAGCGGCACGAGCGGCACGAGCGGCAAUGGCUGCCCUUCAGAAGGUGCCAACGGAACAGGAAAGACGCAUCACUUUGCCGUCAAGAACCGGGACGAGCGCAUCGAUUGGAUGCGAGAACUGAUGCUUGCCAAAGCCAUGAAGCAAAAGGGGGAAGGCUUUGAAAUCAGCGUCAAUGGAAACAUGAUAUAG